GUUUGUGUGAGCAUUUCAAGGACGGCAUCAUGUGAUUUUGAAGGAUUUCAAAGCAGAAACCACACUGUGGUUUGGUUCAGUCUCCUGGAGCAGGUGGACCCAAUUGUCAAAUUGAUAGAGACAAAGAGAGUAAAAUGUUUUCUUUAGGCAGGAGCCACCUCUCUCUGUAUACUAAUCUCCUCUUUUGUCUACACUUCGGUUGUGUAUUUGCAGAGAGCAUCAUAGCCACAGUGGGGGAAGAUGUUACUUUGAUAUGCAACUAUGAUGCAAAGUACAACGGCAAGCUUCCUGCAUGCUGGGGUCGAGGAGCCAUCCCUAACCGUGGCUGUGGCAAUGAGGUGAUCAAGUCAGACGGGACUUUGGUGAUCAGCAGACUGUCGGAGCGUUACCUGCUCAAGGGUAAUAUUGGUGAGGGCGAUGUGUCGCUGACCAUCAGGCAGGUGGAGGAGGGCGACUCCGGGAUAUAUGGAUGCCGUGUGGAAAUACCUGGCUGGUUCAAUGAUCACAAACACCAGCUGACUCUGACUGUAGUGGCAGUGCGCCCUAAUCCCCCAAUGAUAGAUAUAAGAGAGGUGAAAGAGAGAACUGUCACUGUCGGCUGGAGCCCUGUGUUUGAUGGCGGUAAACCCAUUACAACCUACAGGAUUGAGCUAAAGAACCUAGAGGCAUCCUCACUGUCGAUAACUGAAGUCUAUAAUCCUCAACUGACUCAGCUGACUUGUGUGGAUUUGCAUCCGGCCCAGGCCUACAGCAUCCGCAUGUUUGCUAUCAACAGUGUGGGCGUUAGCGAGGCCAGCGAUGUUCUGACAUUCAAGACGAAAGAAGCAGCACCAGAGGGUCCUCCCCUGGAUAUGCAGCUGGAGCCCCUCUCUUCUCACACAAUCAAAGUCACUUGGAAGCCUCCGAGGCUCGAGCAAAGAAACGGGGUUCUUCGGAGUUACAGCAUCAGCUACAGAGAGUACGACCCUGCAGGCAGACAGUUUAAACGGUGGCAGCACUUGAGUGUGCCGGCCACACGGGAACUAGAGAGCGUCAUCCUCAGCAACCUGAAGCCUUCUGCCAAAUAUGGCGUGAUUAUACAGGCCAAAACCAACGCAGGAAUAGGACCUGCUUCAAAUGCCCCUCUCUGCUCCACUCUGGAUGAGGUUUACACAAUUUCAACAAUUGAGGGUGUUACUGCUGCCACUGUCUGGAGAGAAAGCACCACAAGCACCACAGGCACCACAAGCACCACAGGCGUCACAUCAGUGCCCCCGGAUCCCCCAGUGGUUGAGUUAAAGGAAGUCGCAGGCAAUAUAAUUUCCAUUUUAUGGAUACCCGGGUUUGAAGGAGACUCUCCCAUCACUGGCUAUUAUCUGGAGUCCAAAUCAGUUAACGCCUCCUGGGAUUACAUAAGGUCAGUUGUUGACUUCAGCCCUAACCAGACAGAGGCAACAAUAAUAGAGAUGAAUCCCUCCACCUACCACAUCCGCAUGUUUGCCAAGAACAGUCUGGCCACCAGUGGAGCCAGUAACGUCCUCACCAUCACCACUGGAGAAGCAGGUCAUCAGAGGGUUGAAGUCCUUACCACUAUUUCUACUGACACCCACGCUGCUGCGAGCGUUGACAAGAGUCAAGGUGGUCACCCAGCGGCCAUCGCGGUGCCAGUGCUGCUGGUGGUGUUGGUUGUUGGCAUCGUAACAACAUGGAAACUUCUUCGGAUAAAACAGAAAAAAGGCAACCUGAGCAUGUGGCUGACCAAUGGAGCGCUUCGUUACAGAGGCGCUGAGUCACUUCAAGAGAUGUAAAUCUCUAAACAUCCUCCAAAAUGAGGCCUAUAUCUUACAAAUAAACAGUACAUUUUAAUACUCAAAAUAGAAUAGAAUGUUAUAUGUGUGUGUGUGUGUGUGUGUGUGUGUGUGUGUGUGUGUGUGUGUGUGUGUGUGUGUGUGUGUGUGUGUGUGUGUGUGUGUGUGUGUGUGUGUGUGUGUGUGUGUGUGUGUGUGUGUGUGUGUGUGUGUGUUAUGGUAUUGAGGAAAGAAAUUAUAUCUACUACAACUUUAUAUGUGUGUUAAGUUGAUUCAUAAUAACCAAAAGAAAAACAAAAUCAAAUUUGUUAAUCAUUAAAUAAACUUUAAUCCCAA